AUGUCAUUAUGUCGUGGUCGUCCUCACAUCUAUGCCAACCAGGGGGCUCAGCAGGAGGCUCGACGUAAGCGCAGACGCACUCAGUAUCAGCUCAAACGGGAUCUCCAGGAAGGUCAGAUCCUGCAGCGAUAUUAUCAUCAGUUCAUUGACCAGAAUCCUUGGGAACAGCCUUUGGAUGUGUCCCCACCAUUGCUCCAGCAGAGGACCGAUGUCUCUGUGGUUCAAAAGCAGGCUCUCCCCAUGCAGAAUGAACCUGGGAACAAUGAACCUGGAAACUCUUCAUCUUUCUCACCCUCAUCACCUGGUGGCCUCCACCCGCCCCCUCAGUCUCCCACACCAGCAUCCACGGUGAGCCAUUACGCCCUUGCAGAUGAUAACAGGUGGUUCGAUAUGGAUGGUCCAUCUGCAGAUGUGGAUUCAUUUGAUGAUGUGGAAGAUAGAAGCCAAUCCAGCUACAGGAUGACCCCAGAGGCCAUCCAUCUUGUAGAGCACAGGAGAUCAAGCACAGCUCCUCUCUCACCAACUGCUGAGGCCUUAUCACCCCUCUCAUCACCACCCUCUGCGGCGGCACCACCACCCCAGGCUCCAGUGUCCAUUCUUGCCCAAGGGCUUGCCGAGCAGCUGCAGCAGCACCAUGGCUGUCUGGGGGACAGCCACUGGGAGUAUCCCUUCGACAUGCGGCCUGUUGACCAUCCAUCCCCGCCUGGGACCCCCUUCCCCUCCAAGGCGACACCAUCCCGGCCCAUCCACUCUGUGCGCCUGAGUGAGAUCAUCCAGUGGGCCUGCCCGGAUAUCCUGUCGCGGCCACAGAUAGCUCAAUUUGGGGAGCCCUGGGAUGAACAGCUCCCCCCACUGCAGAGGCAGAAGAUCUUCAGUGGGCUGGAUGUCAGGGAUGACUCCACCCCUCCAGAACCACCCACCGUGGACAUCGCCUCGGAGGACGUCCCCGACGGGCCACUGAUGCCAUCCAAGGAUAUCGACAGCGUGGGGGGAUUCGCCUCCAGCCUCGCUGUGGCCCGGGCGGGCAUUCACUGGCUGGCAGCUAGGCCCCCUGUGUCCUCCCUCCAGGCAGGGCUGCAUCUCUCCCCAAUCCCCGUGACAUGGGAGCCCUCGUCAGAGGCCUCAUGCCCCCGGCGCAGCCAGAGACCGAUCCACCAGAUCCCACAUCUUCCCCUGGGCCGGCUGGGUGGGUUCGAGGAUCUAGAGCUCUACGCCCUGUUUCCCAAACUACAUGACCCCGAGCGCCAGCACUUCAUCAUCCGCGAGGAUGAGUACCGGCUGUGGACCGAUCAGAUUGUUCUUCCUGCCCUCCAUGAGUGCUACUCUACCGCCCUGCUGGGCCACAUCCCCUCCAGCACCGAUCACAUAAGGCUCAAUGCCACCGCGCGAUGGGUUGAGGGCCGUCUGCAGACCCAGAGCCGCACCUGGAUGGAGAUGCACAAAAGGUUCCUCCACCGAUGGGAGCUUGCAGUCGAUCCCCAGUUUAUUGAGGAGGAGUUCAUCGACAUUGGCAAGGAGAUCUGCCCCCCUCAGAGCUACCUGGCCACACAGCAGGCAGACCAGAUCCCCGGGACAGUGCUGUGGCGGCGGUGCUGCCUGCAGAGCUUUGCACGGUGGUGUGGGGACUGUCUGCCUGAAUCCACCACAGCACCAGACCCCAGCGGCACUGGACAUGAGAGCCAGAGAGACAACGGGGACACUGAAGAGGAUUCUGGGGUCAGGGCUACUCUACUGCCAGUUCUACAACACAAUCAAGGAGGUCUUCGCGGCUGGGGAAUCACUAUGCCUUCGGGGCUGAACACCUGGACACCCUUGCUCUGGACCCAGGCCUGGUCCGCAUGUGGCAGCACGUUGGGCCGCGGGGUCAGCCAUCAGCCACUACAGGUGCUGCAGGCGUACCUUCACACCAAACAGCGCUGCCACCGGGCACUGGAGGCCUCCCGACAGAAGGCCUUCGCAGUGCGUGAGGAGUACCGGGUUAGCGGCGAGCUCUACCGGGCCAUCCACGCGGCCAUGCAGGAUCAGGGGUGGGUAGAUGAGCCACUCCCCCAGCCUGCAUCCUCACUGAGGCCCUUCCACCACCAGCCAACACCACUCAUCAUGGACUGGCUCCGGUGGAACAUCAACCGGCUCUGCACGGGGUUUGAGAUGGUCUACAGCCUCCGGCAGCGGAACCUCGUGCAGUGGGAGCACACACGUGUGAUGAUGAUGUUCCUCCAGUGCCUGCAGCACAUGUAUGGCGGGCAGGGGCGUCACCUACGCCACAGCAACGGGCUCUGGCUCGACCGUGUAGUCCAACCCCGGCGUGACGGGCAGGGCGAGCGAGUCCAGGAGGGGAUGGGGUUCCAGAGCAACCUCCGGCGGUAUCAGUACGCCUGGAUGUGCGAUAAGCUGGACUGGACCGCAAUGAUCUUCAAGCCUGCACACCGGGCCCAUCUGACCUUCAACACGCCCACCCUGCAGCAGGCGUUCCACCACCGGUAUGGGCAGGUGAACUCAGCCAAACGGGACUUCCUCCUCGUCCAGGACCUGCUGGCGCGGAUGCGCGACCCAGCCACCACCACCACUCAGGCCCGUCUCCUGCUCCAGCUGUGCAUUGACACCUGCCUGCGGGCAUUCCGCAAGGAGGUGUUUACCCACCUAGACCAGGGCCAGCGGGUCUCAUGGCGCUGGCAACCCCAGCAGCGGCAGCAGGCCCUGGCCGGGGAGAUCGCACUAACCUGGGCCGGGCUGCAGUUGGUGUUCCCCGAGCUCACCGACCCGGGAAUGAUACACGCGGUGGCAGGUCACAACAUGCGCGUGCGCAGCAUAUCCGUCCUGUUCACAUGGCUCUGGGGGUGGGAGGGGGAUGGCAACAGGUGCAUUCUAGCACGGCAACACUGGGUGGAUAAGCCCUACCGGUUGCUGUUCCAGCAGUGCUUCGGUGAGGUGGCCCUGGCAUUUGGGGUCGAGCAGGCCCGGGCUUGGCGGGCCAACCUGCGGUCGAUCUUCAUCCGCACCCACUGGCUCCUCCCAUACCCCUCAUCAACCAGCUUCUGGUCCCAUGGUGGGCAGCGGCGCCUUCAGUGGUGGUCUAGCGUGCACCCCGGCGUGCAGCAGUACGUCCGGAAGAAGAAAAAGAAGCAGCAACCAUCUCCAGAUCCAGCCCCACUGCACAUUGAGCCCUGGGAGGUCGUUCACCUCCCCCUGAGCGGCUGGGAGCGCUCCUCCUCUGUCAUGCAGGGGAUCGACAUCAGGCUUCCAAGCACGCCGGACUCCAUAGAUGAUUUCCUCACUGAUGUGCCACUGGAGCCUACUGAGGAGCCCACCAUGCGUGAUGAACACAUCCUGCUCCCAGUGAUUGGGCAGAGUGUGAAGCUGAUCUACAGCACGCUACCAGACAUUGCACCAAGCUACCAGCUACGGUCCCACAGACGGGGAGAGCACCAAGGCACUCCACAGCAUGAUCCUGCAUGGUGGAAGUCCCACCUCCAGUCCUAUCUACAGAGGCUCAUCCAGAGCAAGCAUGAUGCCAUCCAGUCACUGAAGUUCGCCCAACGGUCCCGCCAGUGGCAGAGUGGUCCACAGCCAGUACAGAAGAUAGCUAACACCGAGCCGGAUUCCGAUCCUGAGUCACUGAGCCAGCAGUAUAUCCAGGAGGUAAAGCAGCUCCAGGCUCUGAAGAAACAAGAGCGGAAGGUGUGGGAAUAUAACACCCGAUAUAUGCAUCAUUGGCAGCAUAUGAAAUCACUGCAGCAACAGUCUCAGAGCAGUGCCAGCAGUCGAUGGUCUGCACAAGAAUGGAAGAGCUUCCAGGAACAGUUUCAACGGGCGCGGCAUCGGGCACAGAAGUAUGAGUAUCAGCUGAGAAAGUCCACCCACAAGAUCACUGAGCAGCUCCAACUGGCCCCAGUUGAAACAAAUACUUCAAUUAGAGUUUUUACUUCUAGCCGUAGUGGAUAUGAAAUACAACAUAUCCAAAUCAAAAGCGAUAAUUCCGCCGGGAAGGGGUUACAUUGUGGUGUCAAAGUCAAUGAGUUGAGACCAAGCAUCGACAUGGAACAUCAAUUAUUUGUCCACUGUGAAUCAUACCUCAUUAUCAUAUGCCGCCGGUGCAAGCAUGCUGUGUGGCCAACAGAGAUUGAACGGCAUCUGAAAGGCAAGGCCCAUCAGCUAAAGCAUGCGGUGGUUCAGCAGAUAAAGGAGAACAUUGAACAGUGGGGGUGGAAUGGACGUCCAUUCCAUUCAGGGUUAGAAAACCGACCAAUCAGAGCAGGGCAGAUUGGACGCCGUAGUGGAUAUGAAAUACAACAUAUCCAAAUCAAAAGCGAUAAUUCCGCCGGGAAGGGGUUACAUUGUGGUGUCAAAGUCAAUGAGUUGAGUCGAACACGCUGGACCCUAAGCCGUUGGACGUCAAACCCGUCCAACCAGGAGUCAGAGAUGGAGAGCCAGCAGGGUGAAACCCACAUCAGAUUCAACAGCACAUGCAGUCCCAGAAUGGCCAGAAGUGUGAGCAAGAGCACAGACAACAACAUAAAUGAAAGCAUCACCAAGAAUGAGGCUUCAACUAUCGCCUCGUCCGUAGGUUUGUGCAAAAUUAGCGUGGUUUCAUUAGUGUAUAUUAUACGAGAUCUCAUUGAAUAA